UCCCAACUAAUGCAGACCUUGCCUCGAUGGUUGUUUUUGACUUGAAAUACACUACAUUAAAUAUAGACGUUAAAGAAGGCACCGAAAUCACCAAGAUAGCUCCCGCCUGCUAGUUUUGGGUGAUUUAUUUUAUCAUCGUCAUCCGACAUAAUAAUAAACGAUGCUACAUUUGCGCUGGCGAUUUUAUUUUGAUCUGCGCCCUACUUCAGUUCUAUUAAACAAUCACUUAAUUGAACCAACGAACUAUUUAAUUACAGUCAUUCUCCCCGUGAGAAGUUCUUAAACGGAAGUGGAACAAUUCCUAAUUGGAUGUGAACUACAUACUUGCUCGUUUCGUGUGCAGGUACGCCAGCGACUUUUUUUUUUCUUUUUUACGUGCAACACUUUAAAGCAACAUUCGUAAUUCACCAGUAAAAGAUGCGAAGAAGAAUAUCACGCAUAUAUGCCGUGCCGUUUGAUUGUGGUGGAAAAUAUACGGCCAGAAGAAGAGACGACGUGUGCGACGCCAUUGUUAGCCGCGCGUAUGUAAACAUCCUGAACGCGCACGCGUAUUGGUCGGACGCAGACGUCAUGUGAUCACCUGUUGUUGACUCCCGGGGAUCGUGUUCCCAGCUGUUUUCCCGUGUCUACGUCACACGGGGAAGAGAGAGCUGGUGAGAAGUGGAGUAGGCAGGAGCCGAGAUAGGGGGCUUUCACCCGCGCGCGGCGAUAAGCCCAGUGUCGCCUCGCCUCGCCUCGCCAGAUAAAGCAUGUUGACGUAGCGGGAGGUUGCGCGGCGCCCAGGCAUGUCGGGGGGCGGAGGCCCCCGGUGCGCCGAUGUGGCCGAGAAGCUGACCCAACUGUUCGGCUGGAGGCACACCUACCAGGUGGAGAAGAGGCAGAGGGACCUCCACAGGAAGCCGGCCGACUCGUGGGUGGCGGUGCACCACGUGCAGUCGCACGAGGGAGGCAUCCUGGACCCCGACGACCGGCUGGGCGACGUGGUGGAUGACCGCGAGCAGAUCGUGGCCAGCUACGAGGACGGGGAGGGGGUGCACCACGGCGGGGGCGACGGGGCCAGCGGCAGCUCCGUGGGCACCGGCAGCCCGGACCUCUUCCAGAGCGACCGCAGGUACUCGCGCAACGACAUAGAGGUGACGGGCGCCCUACCGGCCGCCGCCGCCCUGCAGGUGAGGCGGGGCAGCGAGCCAGCCCUGAACCAGCUGCUGCCCCCGGGGGCCCCCCGCGCCGACGCCCGCCCCCCGCCGCCCGCCGACCCCUGCAAGCGCUGGUCCGCCACCCCCAUCGUGGUGGACCGGCCCCCCAAGGAUCCGAGGGAACGGGACGGCUGCAGCAACGGCUACCUGUCGCCGGGCGGCGGGGAGCGGUCGGCCUUCACGCGCUUCGCGAGGGACGGCUCGAGCCGGCUGUCCAUGCAGUUCUCCGGCGACGCCCACUGGGCGGACGCCGCCGACCGCCUGGCCGCGCACCAGUCCAAGUCCCUGCCGCGCGAGCGGCGCCGCAAGGAGCCGCUGGGCGAGGCCAACUCGCCGCCCGCGCGCCUGCCGGACUCCGACCCCGAGGACAGGCCCGGCGUCGACAGCGCGGAGUACGUGGUGAUCAGCAACGACGGGGAGCCGCUGGGCAUCCACGUGGUGCCGGACUACGACGCGCUGGGCGAGGAGACGGGCAUCCUGGUGCAGGGCGUGGAGCCGCGCGGCAAGGUGGCCCGCUGCGCGCGGCUGGCCGUCAGCGACCGCAUCGUCGAGAUCAACGGCCGCAACCUGCUCAACAUGCCCUUCCACAGGGUGCAGGAGAUAUUCAAGGACGCUCUGCGCAGCCCGGAGCUGAGGCUCCGUGUGCUGAGGCGCUCGGCAACCGGCCUGAAGAGGCGGCCGCCCGCGCCCAUCUACCCGCGCUCCCACGCCCCGGCCGACAAGGAGAACCAGGCCAUGGUGGAGGGGGGGGAGCGAGCGGUGGGGCGCGCCAGCAAGCUGGCGACGGUGUCGCCCACCAAGAAGCUGUCGCCGGGCCACCAGGCGGCGCGGGGAGCCACGGGCCUGCUGGCGGCCAACACCCGCAGGAUCGGGCGCAAGAUGGAGCUGGAGCUGGCCAAGGGCCCUCACGGCCUGGGCUUCAGCAUCACCACCCGCGACAACCCCGCCGGCGGCAACUGCCCCAUCUACGUCAAGAACAUCCUGCCCAAGGGCGCGGCGGUGAGGGACGGCAGGCUGCGGCCGGGCGACCGCCUACUGGAGGUGGACGGUGUGGAGAUGACGGGCAAGACCCAGGCGGAGGCGGUGAGCGUGCUGCGCAACGCCGCGCCCGGCUCCAAGGUGCGCAUCGUGGUGUCUCGCCAGGAGGACACAUCCAGCCCCAAGCUGCCCCGCCCCAUCCAGGUGGACAGUGACGAGACAGAUGGCGCGCUUCUUCAGGCCGACACACACAGCGAUGAACAUGUCCAGGAGUCCUCCGCGGAGAAGAGUCCCGAUGACGUGCCAGUGUUGCCGUGGAAGCAUCGCGAGGUCCUCACCUUCGACAUUCCCGUUCACGACUCUGAGAAGGCCGGACUGGGUGUGAGCGUGAAAGGGAAGACGUCGGCCAGCCACGGCUCGUCGUCCGUGGUGGACCUGGGCAUCUUCGUGAAGAGCGUGCUGCACGGCGGGGCCGCGUCCCGGGACGGCCGGCUUCGCACCAACGACCAGCUGCUCAACGUCAACGGCAUCUCGCUGCUCGGACAGUCCAACUCGGACGCCAUGGAGACCCUGAGGCAGGCCAUGCUGUACACUGAGGGCCCUGUCCCGGGGGUCAUCUCGCUCACCGUGGCCCGGCGGGCGGGCCCGUCCGGCCGGGACUCCGCCUCCAGCAUCCUGUCCGGCUCCUCGGGCACAGAAACGUUUGGAGAGGGGAAGUUUGACAACUCCGGGAACAGCGAGACCUCCGACAACACUGUGAUAUUCCUGCCGAGCGCCGCGAUGAAGACUCCUCCUGCCAGCGAUCACUCAGGGGAGGGGCGCAACCCGGUGAUCGACCGCCUGACAGGACAGCACGCGGGCCAGAACGCGUUCCGCAACCAGAGCUACUACCAGGCGACGCGCGAGGUGUGGAACACGACGGUGCCCAUCAGCGGAGGCCCGGGCAGCUGCGGCCCGCUGACCAGCCCCACCGUGAACCUGCCCCCGGAGGAGAUGGCCCUCAUAGAGGAGGAGAGGUGUCCCCAGCCCGCUCCGCAGCUGCCAGGACACAGGCCGACCAGGGACGCCCAGCCGGGCCGUGGCCAGCCCCCUCCCUCUGACCACAGCGGCAGCUCGCACGGUGCCGACGCCACCUACGCUAGUCAGUUGUCCUUGGAGGAUCACCCGGACGGCUUCUCGCGAGACGCGUUCGGCCGACAGAGCAUGUCGGAGAAGAGGCACGCGGCGCUGGACGCCAAGAACACGGACACGUACCAGCGCAACAAGAAGCUGAGGGAGGAGAGGGACCGUCAGAAGUCCUCUAGUCAACUGCAGCCUUCCAAGUCUUCCACAAACUCUGCCUCAGUGGUGGGAACCAAAGAGCAUGCCGCCAUGGGGCUCAGAUGCAACUCUGUAGAGUCUGUAGUUAGCAUGUCUCGCACCCACGCUGAGUCCAACAGGCCGAGGAACGAGUUUGGGCCGUCGCUGGGCAUGAAGAAGUCCUCCAGUCUGGAGUCUCUUCAGACGGUCAUGCAGGAGAUGCAGAUGCAGGAGGACUGCGAGGUGUACCGCAACAUGCAGGGGGCGGUGCGCUCCGUGAGGGGCCGCGGCUGCAACGAGAGCUUCCGGGCGGCCGUCGACCGCAGCUACGACGCACCGCUGGCCGAGCUGCGCUCCCGCCUCGAGAUGGAGACACUGGCGGAGGAGGACGGCUACGGCGCGGCGACGGACGGAGCUGGCAGGAGCUUCGGAGGCUCGCGGGGCUGCCCCCGGCAGUCCUCGCUGAACGCCAUCCUGGACGCCAAGGGCAAGUCGGCCAAGAAGAAGCCCAGCCUGCUCAAGGGCAUCGGCUCCAUGUUCAGGUUCGGGAAGCAGCGCAAGGCCCCCGGCGAGAUGGGGGCGGAAGGGGAGGCCGAGGAGCGGGAGGCGGCCCGGCGGGCGGCCCAGGACGAGCAGCAGCGGAUACGGGAGCAGUACCACCGCCUCAUGCUGCGGCAGAAGGAGCUCGAACUACAGGAGGGGGGGCCCCCGUCGCAGACCCGCACGGAGAGGAUCCACCAGCUGAGGGCACAGCACCAGCAGCGGCACGCGGAGCGCCGGGGGCAGUACCCCCGCGACGACCAGGAGGAGCGGUACGAGCAGGUGAUCAGGCAGCGCCUGGAUCAGCCGCACGCCCGCACGGCCAGCUACGACCUGUACGGGGAGAUGGCGCGCCCGGGCUCCCGCGUCGCCAUCUCCGACCCCAACAAGUUCAGCCACUACGUCAACUACGAGGAGAUCCAGCAGCACCUCAAUCGCCGGCAGCAGCACUACCACUCGCAGCGGCAGAACAGCAGCAGCGGGCGGGAGACGAACCAGCGGCCCGUCUCCAGCUUCUUCGAGUACGAGAGCGUGCAGAACGCGAUGCGCUCCGACGCCAACUCCAACUCCUUGCCUCGGCCCGCGCCGCCGUCCCAGGACUCCGGCGCGAGCGGCGGUGGUCCCACGUUCCAGCAGCACGCCGCGCCUAGUCAGAGUCAGAGGGGCGUGUCCUACGCCAACAGGGGCAGGCACCGCGGGCCGUUCGUCACCCACGUCACCAUUGGUCACGGCCACCCCUUGCCCGGCUCCAAGGUGUGACCUGCGCUUCCCCGGCAACGUCACACGCUUGUCACAGUGCCAGGCAGGGCGGUGUGAUGUGGAAGGAAGGAAUUUUUUACGUAGGUUUGAGUAUUACACGACAUCACAGGCAGACACAGUGUGCUAAAUGAGGAAAGUGAUGCAAAAGACAUAUUCCAUGUGUGUGUGUGUGUGUGUGUGUGUGUGUGUGUGUAUUUGUGGUUUGUGAUCUAAUCAAAUAUAAAAAAAAAUUCAAAUUAUUUUUUAUAGCAGAAAUAAUGUACGUAGUUUUAUGUUUAUAUGUAAAUAUUUAUAUAUAUUUAUAUACAUUAUAAAAGUGAAUGUAGAAUGAAUUAUUGUAAACUUAUUAUUUUCAAGCCAAAUGUUAAUGUACUUAAAAAUUAAAAUUAAU